UACAGUACUGCAGUAUUAGGCUACCUAUCUGACCUAUUGUAUAGCAUUGCUACAGUGUUUUCUUGUUGAUCAUGUCCACAGUCCACGCUACCGCUACUACAGAUGAAUUGAAAUCUGCAACUGAUAAAAAACAAGAAAAUGUUAACUUUAAAAAGUUCCAUAGAUCGGAAAUAAUAUUUCUGGGUUCCACUAUUGCUCUGGUUACUCUGACUGCAUGUGCUACCGUCUUGUUAUCACCAGUGAAUACAGCACCAGCUGAUUCAACCAAGUGCUUUGACAUUUGCAAAUUGACAUUAGUGGAAACAAUACCAGACAAUUUAACAUUUCCAUCCGGCAGUCCUACACAUCUGGACACUUAUGCCAGUUGGAAUUCUCUCAUUGAUGAAGCAGUCUAUGGAAUUGAUAUUGGAUCUUCUUAUUGGACUUUGCGAGAAGAAGAUGUUGUUCCAGAUCCAUCCGCUUGGAAGGGAGAAAAAAUAUUUGAUCGCUUGCUUGAAGUUGGUAAAGAUGGUGGCAUUUCUAUACGGAUUGCACAAAAUAACAACAGUGAUCCAAAUCAAAUGAAUGACACUACAAUAUUGGCGAAUGAAGGAGCAGCUGCUGUUCGAACACUUGAUUUUAAUAAGCUACUCGGUGCAGGUAUCUUACAUACAAAAAUGUGGAUGACUGACAACAUGCAUUUUUAUGUUGGAAGUGCAAAUCUUGAUUGGCGGUCUCUGACACAGGUUAAAGAGCUUGGCAUAAUGGUAACAGAUUGUGCUUGCAUGGGGCGUGAUUUGCAAAAAGUUUUUUCUGUGUAUUGGAAAUUAGGUGAAGAUGGGGCAACAGUACCUUCUGAAUGGCCCCCAGAACUAGCAACUGACAUUAAUCUUGAGAACCCAACAUCUCUUGAAAUAGGAGGACUGAAUGAAACUAUGUAUAUUUCAGUUGCACCUCCCCAGUUUCUACCGGAGGGUCGUACAUCAGAUCUAACUGCUCUUCUAGACAUCAUAGACAAGGCUCAAGAAUUUAUCUAUAUUGCUCUUAUGGAUUAUUUCCCAGUAACAUUGUACCAGAAGAAUAAUGUGUACUGGCCAAUCAUUGAUAACAGGCUGAGAGCAGCUGCAUUUGAGAGAGGUGUGAAAGUGAGAUUAAUGCCAUCCUGGUGGAAAUACAGCAAACAAACUGUUAAAGCUUUUCUUAGGUCAUUGGAAGACGUCAGUCCUGCAAUGAGGAACGGCACUAUUGAAGUGAAAAUGUUCGAAGUACCGGCUUAUACACCUGCACAAGAAAACCUUCCAUAUUCAAGAGUCAAUCACAAUAAAUAUAUGGUGACAGAAACAACGGCUUUUAUUGGUACCUCAAACUGGUCUGGUGACUAUUUUCUAGACACGGCUGGAGUUUCAGUCAUCAUAUCACAGAAGAAAGGCAGCGUUGCAAGUGAGCGCAACAUUCACGUUCAAUUAAAAGCAGUUUUUGAAAGAGAUUGGAUUUCUCCUUAUGCGAGGACCAUUGAUGAAGCCGGGACAUAAAUCAUAGAAACCAUAUAAUUUUGUUCCUUAUGUUACUUAACAAGCAAGCAUUGUGUAAUCUAGUGCAAUAUUUAUUAUUUAUGGCAUCAUACGAUCAAUCAAGUGUAAGUUCAUUACAACUCAAUAAGCAGCAUAACAGAUGAUCAAAUAUUGUUCAUAAUAAGCGAAGAAAAACUGAUUGCGGAAUCAACAGUCACUAAUAGAUCCGUAAAUGAGGUUUAAAUCAUAUAGAAUAAAAAGGUUUUGCCAAAGGCGGUGGUACGUGUUCACUCAUCUGAAAAUAUAUAAAACACCAUUAUAAGCGUACAACCACACAAUAUAUUAAAAAAAUUACAUAAAUAGAAAGUUGGUAUAAGCACGUUUUCACUCACCCAAAAAUGUGAUAUAUUAUUCGUACACACUCGCACAACUUACACCGCAGAGAUAUAAUAAAAUGCGAUAGAAUGUUUAGUGUUAACUCUCUCAAAAUAUAAUAUUAAUUCACACAUACUGGCAUACCUACGACCACAGCGAUAAAAUAAUAUAAAUCGCUUGAUAAAGCAAACAAGAACCAGAAAAAUCUUUUAUGUUUAAUUGAGACCAAAGCAUCAAGAAACCUGUUAUUAAAUCUGUCAAAUGGCGCAUAGAAUAAUGUUAUAUGCAUUAUGCUUCCCAUGACCAUCUCUUAUAUUUAUAUUAUUGAGUGAUAUCUUUGCACUUUCCGUAUUUUCGGACUCCAUUGAAAGCAAUUUCUCCACCUCUUAAAAGCUUCUUUCAGAUGAUAUAUUAAGUAAAAAAAAAAAUAAAAAACACAAAGAACCUUAAAAAAUACUAUUUCUUCAUUCUUGAUGUCAAGAUUGUUCAUUUAUAUUUUUACUGAUCCAAUCAUAUUUAUUUCUGGCCUUAGACGUUCCAUCACGUUUCAAACCAUUGCCUUAAAUAGUGGUAUUUUAUAUGCUUAUAUCGUAGAAUAUACUAUUAUUUAUGAUGUGCAUUCGUAUUAGUGUACUGUGCCUUACUGCAAUUGAACAUGUUCCGGUAUAUAUUAUUGCUAAAUAUGGCGUUUUUAGUUUCAUUCUCUUCGGUAUCUUGUACGUUGUACCCAUUUUGUUGUGUUGGGUUUAAACACUUCAUCACUGUAAGCACACGUUACGCAAUAAAAUUUGCUGUUAACCAUUUCCCACAGCAUAAGUGAUUUUGAUUCAAUAUUUCAAUUAAACCGGUAAUACCCGGCCACUUGGUGGCCUGAUAAUGAUGAUUCUGGCGACGUAGGUAACUUUUCCUGAGCCAUACCGGUACUCUAUGAUAGUGAUGAAACUAACAUCUCCUAUUUCUUAAUUGGAUGUUGGAAUCUUGUCUGUGGCUUCCCUUCCCCAGUAAAGCUAUGUUUGCCUAUUUCUCGUAAUUCGUGUACUUUUGAUUUCUAAUGAUUAAAAAACUUAAUUUCAUCUUGAUUUUAUCACGAAUAUGGGGCGAAUUUACUAUGACGUUUGUAUAUUAAAAAGCUUUUUCUGUA